AUGGGCAAGGACUAUUAUGCGGUGCUAGGAGUAAGGAGGGGUUGCGACGACGAGUGCGAACUCAAAAAGGCGUACCGGAGGCUGGCCAUGAAGUUCCACCCGGACAAGACCCAGCUGGACAAGCAGGACUGCGAGCAGCGCUUCAAGGAGGUGAUGGAGGCCUAUGAGGUCCUGAGCGACGCCAGGAAGAAGGCCGCCUACGACCGCUGGGGGGACGCCGGGGUCAGUGGCACGCACACCGCCUUCUUUGCCACGGCCUUCUCGGCCAGCCCCGGCGACACGCCCUCCGCAAAGCGCCCCCACCCCUGCCCCGCCUCCAGCGCCUUUGCCGGGUUCGCGGCCUGCUCCUCCGCCUUCCAGCACAAUUUUCAGCAGGAGUUUUUCUCGACCUUCAGCGACAUGUUUUCGGGCGACGCGCCGCAGGCGGGCCAGCCCUGUGCGCCUGGAAGGGCCUUCCCGGGCGCCGCCGCGCCCCUAGCGCUCAAGAAGGACGUGGCGAUCGAGGUGCCGCUGCACUGUACGCUGGAGGAGCUGUACCAGGGUACCACCAAGCGCAUGCGUGUGGACCGCGCGGUGCCCAUCGCCGAGUCCGCCACUGGCCGGCGCAGCGAGGUGCUGACGGUGCAGGUCAUGCCUGGCUGGCGCGCGGGGACGCGCGUGACCUUCCCCGAGAAGGGCGACGUGCGCCCCGGCCGCAUCCCCGCCGACGUGGUGUUCGUGGUGAACGAGCGCCCGCACCCCAGCUAUGUGCGGGACGGCGCCGACCUGGUGUACACCCACCGCCUGGCGCUGGUGGACGCGCUGUGCGGCUGCACUGCCCUCGUGCCCACGCUGGACGGGCGCGAGCUGGCGCUGAGCGUGCAGGGCGUGGUGGCCCAGGGCGCCGAGCGCUUGAUCCCGGGGGAGGGCAUGCCCCUGGGCGCCGGCGCGCGCGGCGACCUCCGUGUCCGCUUCGACGUCCAGUUCCCGCCAGCACUGGAUGCGGGGGCGCGCGAGAUGCUGCGCGCCGCGCUGCCGCCGGGCCCGCUCGAGGGCGAGGCCUGA